AUGAGUGAUCCAACGCACUCUCUCGACUACCCCUCGUCCCUGCAAGAAUAUGUAGUGCCCGGGCAAGAUUUCCUCCGCCAUCAUCCCGAAUACGACAUUCUUUGUACAGGCAUAAUAGUCUUCAACGCAGAAGGGAAGCUGCUCUUAGUACAGCGUGCGGCAAACGAGAUGGCAUUUCCUAAUUUCUGGGAGAUCCCAGGAGGGAAAGUGGAUGACACCGACGAGAGCAUUUUACAUGCGGCUGCACGAGAAUUGAAAGAGGAGGCCGGUCUCGAAGCAACCCGGGUGCUGAGGAAAGUCACGCAGUUUACCUUUACCGAUGGGAGGCCAGGGCACCCGACGAAGACAUGGUUGAAGCUGAUUUUCGAGAUGGAAGUCCGGGACAGUGACAAUGUGGUCUUGGACCCAGUAGAGCAUCAGAAGUUUCUCUUUGCCUCUGAAGAGGAGAUCGUCAAUGAUCUUGUGGGAGACGUGAAGCUGGCGUACAUCAGCCCACCAAACAAAGGGGUAAAACUGGAGGCUUUCAGGCUUCAGCGAGAGGCCUUGUGA